GCCACCAGAAGGCUUCCAGUCAACGGCAUCGAACAUCAGUUCUCCGCACGGUCGCUCCCCAGAUCAAUACCGCGCCCGUGUCCCGUUCGAAGUCUUAAUAAUUUUCCUCUGUUCUUUGCUUCCAAUCAAAAAAUUAAAAAGAAAAGGAAAACAUACCAGUCAAAAAUAUCACUGGUAGAUCUUUCUAGUGUGGUCGAAAACAAGAAUACGGGAGUUAAUACGGUUUUGUUAAAUCGAAAACGCAAAUAAAAUCCGGGGCGUUUCUCAUCUUGCAAAAACACUCAAUAAUACCAAAAAAUCUCACGGUCCUAUUUGCGAUUUUGAUCUGAUAGUGUCAAGGGACGUAUUUCAAAGAAAGCAAAAGAAAAAGUUUUAGUGAAUAUCAGCUACAGGAUCAACUGUAUCUGGCAUCGAGAGUGAAUUUGGGAUAGGUUUAGGGAAAAAAGUGCAUAAGAAAGUUUUGCAAGGGGCUGGGGCCAUUGGAGGUGUUCUGGGGGUGAAAUUUCACGAAUUUCGCAAACACAAGAAGCCCCCAAAACAAAACAAAAAACAUAACAGGAUACGGCAGCUAAGGAUUGAGUAUUUGUGAAAAGCUCCCGUCGCCUCCUGAAGGCCUACCCCCGGUACUUUGACAUUGCAAAGCAAGAGCGCAUUCUAUACUUAGAAUAUUCAAAUUAAAAAUUCCAAAAGACAGAAGAAUAAUUUUAUUUCAAUAAAGACACGGUAUCCUAAAAAUAUGUUAAUAAAUUGCAAAUAAAAUGUAAAUAAAUAAAAAAUAAAUAAAAUAAAAUUCACAAGUGAAAUUAAUAAGCGAGCUGUGAUUAAGGAAAAAAAUUCUUUCAUAAAUCUCUUUUUCGUGGAGUGUGACUUGUAAUCAAAGAGGGAAAAUCUACAGUUCUGUUUCUCCAAUUUAAUUGUACACUGCGUUCCUGUAGGCAUUCUUUUGUGUAGUGUUGUAAAUAUAAAUAAAUGGAAAUCAUACCAGAAGGGAAAAACUUUCGAUUGGUGCAAGAUAAUGAGCUUCCCCAAAUUCUGGAGGUGUUGGAACAAUAUUUACCGGAAUCGCUAAAGUUUCAUCAAACGGUGAAAACGUACCUGAAUGACCGAGUUUGGCAAUUUUACUUUUACGUGUCGAAAAAUUGGCCUGAGGAGCCGAUAUGUCUACAUUUUCCAGGAUGCACGCUAACCCCCAAUAAUAGAAUCUACGAGAGUUUUGGCAUCUUUUGUCCAUCUUCGCAAUUAGAAUAUGUCGAAUUGCUGAGGACAGAGGAUGUUCUAAUAGAAUGGACACAGCCUUUGUACCUGAAUUUUACGCACAUUGCCAUAAUGGAACGCAUUGAGGAAUUCUAUUCAGCGCAAGGUAGCAUCGAUAAGCUCAUAGGUGAUAUUUAUAUCUGCAAAGGUCCACCGGAUCGUCUUGAAUUAGAAAGUUUGCCGUCCAGUGAAGUGGAAAUGCGUCCUCUUGCGCUGGAAAACGUUAAAGCCAUCCACGACCUAUACCCGGCCAGUGAAAUUGAGUGUAUUGAGGUUUUUGAGAAGCUAGUUAGCUCCCUACCUGGGUUCGGGAUAUUUUGUGUGGGUUCCGGUGAAUUGGCCGCUUGGAUGGUGCAAUCAUACUAUGGAGCGAUGUGCAGUAUGCAAACAAAGCCCGAGUUUAGGCGUAAAGGCUACGGCAUCCACCUAGCUCAAGCAUUAACGAAACUCGUGGUGGAACGUGGUUAUAAGCCAUUUGUCGUGAUCCGACCGGAAAAUGAUGCGUCCAAGAGUCUCUACAUUAAAUUAGGGUUUGAGAGGUCUUUUGCCACUGUAAGAGCCACUCUCAGUCCAAACAACGACAAUGUCAAUGGUAUUCCUGUACGAGAGAAUGGUGAUCAUCUAGAGGAGAUAGAUGUGGAAUUCUAUCGAAAGGAUAGCAAUAAUCCUGAAGAUAAGGCAACACCCCAAAGUUCAAAAACAUCCGAAGAAGUUGGAUAAAGCAGAUGAUCGAUUGUGACCAAAUUGAUAUCUUCUCAAGUCAAUAAUCAUAAUUUCUCCUUUUUGCCUACCCUUUUCCCUCCCUCUAACACGUUAAUAGCUUUGAAAAAACCAAAGGAUUAUAUCUCAAACACUCUUGAAAAUUCCGAUAUAAGAACAAAUUAUUAAAGAAGAAAAAUCUAUACACGAGACAAUUUUUUGACAUCGGCUGCCAAAAAUUUUUUAGACUUUACCAUAAAAAAAGCAACUUAAGAAUUAUCAUCUAAAUUGCCUUCGAUUUUAUCUCACGCAGAAUAAAGUGAAUUUUAUAUUAAUAAUUUUUAAAAAUAUUAGCAGAAAUCAUUACACGAAAUUCGAAUUUGUACUAGUUAAAAUACGGGUUUCAUGUAAUAUUUGAGAAUUUUUCAAAAAUAUGUUUAAAAUUCACUUUAUAGAUAUUAUUUUAAAAUAUAGCCAAAAGCAAAAAAAAAGUUAAGGAAAAAAAUGUAAUCAAAAUGGACAAUUUUCAAUAGAAUAUUUACCACAUUGAACCAAUUUUCGUUUAAAGUGUUGUUUCCUAAGAUUUUAAUUUUUGAAAUGAAAUUUAUUGAAUAUUAAGACGAUUGACUCAUUAUAAAGUUAAUUAGUGAAAAUUAAAAAAAAACCACCACGAUUUAGAUAGAUACGAAGGAGAAAAAUUAUCAAGAAUAAAAACUAACAAUUUCAAGAAAAAAAAUGAUGAAAAACUUCUUAUAAGCGACAUUAUUGAAAAAAAAAUGCUAUAGCAUAUAAGAAAGCCCAAUAAAGUAUUUUUAAUACAAAAAAAAUGUUUAAGCAAAUAAAGUGUUAGAAAUAUCGAGGAAAUGUUGCAAACUUUCACCAGAAUAGAAAGGAGAAACUUAUAUGAUUAAAAAUGUGCUUUACUUAUAGUCAUAUCUCACAAGAAAAAAAAUUAGUGGAACCACGAAAGAACAUGUAUAAAAAAAGUGUAAUAUGCAAUUGGAAUGGUCCAAUCGACGAGAAAUAAAACUAAAUUAAAAAAAUGAAAAUUCAAAACAAGUGAUAGAAAAUUAGAAAUGUUUAAAUGAUAUGAGAGAAGAAAACAAGAAACGAAAUUGUAGUUUUUUACGUUGAAUUUCCUCCAAAACUUUUUUCUUAUAUAUUAUUAAAACUUAAAAAAAAAGAUUGACAACAAAAGUCUUGCUAGGAUUUUCGAAUUUCUGAACAAAUUAUAUAUUCUAAUAUUAAUGAAUAUAUUGUCACUAUCUAAUGGCGCUGUAUUUUUCAACAGAAUAGGUAUUUCUUGUAGAUUUUACGCCAAUAAAUUUUCUUUUUAUUUAACAAAAGCCAAAA